CUGUUUGUCUGUAGAUGUGAAUGGACGUGUUGGUAGUAUUGAAUUCUCUCAAAAAAAUAUAGGAUGUCAUUUUUUAAACAAACAAUAAGAGAAACAUUUGAUUAAACAAUUUUUGUUUGAAAUUUUGUCUGAUUAAUUAGUUGGACGCUAUAUUUAACGAGAAAAGUGGAUAAUUUGUGGUGAUUUUCAAUCGAAAUUUAAGUGAAAUUAAAUUGUCUCGAUUUUUAGAGUUAUUAUUUAUAAUUCUUUGACUUGUACGUGUUCUUGUACUGUGUGGAUGCGCAAGAAAGAAAGGAUUUUUUUUUGUUUGUGUUUAUUCUAACAAGAAAAAAGUGUAAAUGAAAACUGUUUUGUUUGUUCAUAUUACAUAAGUUUAUAACAAAGUGAGUAAAUAAAUUCGUAUUUACUUUGUGUUGCGGUAAAGGGUCGAAACCCGUGCUACAGGAAGAAAGUGUUUCACUAUAUAUACAGUGGGCGAGACUGCUAAACCAUUCCGUUGUCACUUUUUGGCGACUCCUUUUUUACAGUAGUAAAAAUAAUAUUGUGUUUGUGUUGUAGACGGUCGGCGAAAAUGGAUUAAAUUCACGUUCCACGUAAAUUUAAAACAAAAAAGACUUUUCAUCAACAACAUGGUGUUCAUUGAACUUAGCUACUACUAUUAAAAAGGACCUCCAUAGUCCUUAACAAAUAUGGAUCAUGCUGUCAAAAGGGCGGCCAAAGGUCGACCGUGGAAUAAGUUACGAUUCGAGAAUGACGAACUGGAAUGCCUUUAUCAACGAUAUACAUUGAAAUUGCAGCGCUUCUCCGUAACCGGAGUGGUUGCGCUAGUUGUGGUUUUAUGCGGUGUUAUGGCUGCCCUAAGCCUUGUAUACAAUCAGGCACCAACACUGCAUAACAUAUUCAAUUCGUUAAUGUGUCUUCUAUUCGCUAUCGUCUUAGGACUUUUACAAUUUCGCAUUAUCCGUGAUUCACAUCUUCCAUAUCUAUGCUAUGGCAUUCUAUUUUUUACAGCCGCUUUUUGCUUCAUAUCAAUGCCAACAGUUGGAAAUAUAUUUCCCGUCGACACGAAAGAGGUCAUGGCCGAAGGAGUUUGGCAAAUUGUAUUCGUUAUAUUCCUGGCCUAUGCAAUGAUGCCAUUGCAAAUUUGGGAAGCUGUUUUAUUUGGCAUGAUUUUACCAUCAAUUCAUUUGGGAUUGACGGCAUACAAAAUGUUUGCCGAACAUAAUGUGAACUUUGAGGUGAAUCAGCUGGUUGCGAAUUUAACGAUGUUUGUGGGUGUCAAUGUGGCUGGAUUGGUGGUGAAUAUAAUGAUGGAACGGGCGCAAAGGCGAGCUUUUCUGGACACACGAAACUGUAUCGCUGCACGGUUAGAAAUGGAAGACGAAAAUGAGAAAUUAGAACGACUUUUGCUUAGCGUGCUACCGCAACACGUGGCUAUGGAAAUGAAGAACGAUAUUUUAUCGCCGGUUAAGACACAAUUUCAUAAAAUUUAUAUUCAGAAGCACGAAAACGUUAGCAUACUAUUCGCUGAUAUUGUGGGCUUCACAGUCUUAGCGUCACAAUGUAGUGCUCAAGAAUUGGUGCGCCUUUUAAACGAGCUUUUUGGAAGAUUUGAUCAACUGGCUAAUGAUCAUCAUUGUUUGCGUAUAAAAAUAUUGGGUGACUGCUAUUAUUGUGUAAGUGGUUUGCCGGAACCGAGAGCAGAUCAUGCAACUUGUGCUGUGGAAAUGGGUCUGGACAUGAUUGAUGCCAUUGCGUCGGUUGUUGAAUCAACGGAUGUUAACCUUAAUAUGCGCGUUGGCAUCCAUUCCGGUCGAGUGUUAUGCGGUGUGUUAGGACUUAGAAAAUGGCAGUUCGAUGUGUGGUCGAAUGAUGUAACCUUAGCAAAUCAUAUGGAAUCUGGUGGCGAACCGGGACGUGUUCAUGUGACUAGAGCGACCUUAGACGCAUUGGGCGGUGAAUACGAAGUUGAAGUUGGUCAUGGCGACACUAGAGAUUCUUAUUUACGUGACAAUGGAGUCGAUACGUAUUUUAUUGUUCCUCCGGCUCACCGACGCAAACCACUGAUGCUAAAUACAUUGGGUGUUCGGUCAGCACUCGGUGCAGCCAAUCGACGUAAAUUAUCAUUCCGAAAUGUAUCAAACGUUGUCGUUCAACUGUUGCAUACUAUCAAGUAUUCAGUUCCUGUGCCAUUUUCUCAUAUGGCGAGUGGUCAAUAUCCAGGUGGGAGUAGUAGCGGUACACCGGCUAUGUUUUGCGAGAAGAACGCUAGAAAGGAUGCGGUAAUGCAACUACAAAGAGCACUGCACGCUGAAAGUGGCAGUGCAAACACUGCAACAAAUGAGAGAGUAAAAAAAAAUAAAGUUACCGAGAAAUUCAAACGACCAUUCAAAAAGCGCCAUUCCAGCGUCUAUCACCAGCCAACAAAUCGAGUGAAUAAAUUUCUGUCACAAGCAAUAGAAGCUCGUAGUGUUGAUCGUGAGAAGUCAGUACAUGUCAAUCGAUUCACGCUACGCUUCCGGGAAAGUGACAAAGAGCGCGAAUAUCAUCAAGAUCUGGAUCUCGGAUUCUCAACGGCGAUGUGUUGUAGCUUAAUGUUGCUAAUACUUGCUGCUGCAUUACAGGUGUCGGCAUUACCACGUACCUUAAUUUUAUUACUGCUGUUUUUGACGGCAUUUAUUUGGAUAAGUUCCAUCUUAAUGUUACUACUAGCUGUACGACUAAAGUGGAUAUUUUGGGAUUUAUCACAGAGUUUCUCGCUAAGGUUGGCUAUCACCGUUUUCACAAUUGUAUUGCUUUAUUCGGUGGGCCAAGUGAAUGUGUUUACAUGCAUAUCGGAUCAUACUUGUACGUACAACACAACAACAAAUGCGCACAUUGAUCCGUCAGUUUUGUACGGAGGAAAUGAGGACUAUAUUAGCCAUAGACGAUGUACAUUACCACAGUAUAUCUCAUUAGCAGCAGCGUUUGCUUUUCUAUCUGUAUCAGUAUUUUUAAGAUUACCAAUUAUUGUUAAGACAAUACUCGUUACCUUCAUGGGAGUGGUUUAUGCAUUAUUUAUUGAACUGUCCCAUACAAUCAUAUUUGAGUGCUACGAUUCGAAAGUGAAUUCAUCAAUACCGUUGCACACAAUAUCACUAGCACGGAUCGUCAUUUUCAUGAUAGCCAUCUUAGCACACGGCCGACAAGUCGAAUGGACAGCCCGGUUAGACUUUCUAUGGCAACUGCAGGCGUCACACGAGAAACGAGAAAUGGCUGUUCUGCAAGAAUCCAACAAGCACAUACUUUACAAUCUGCUGCCAGCCCAUGUUGCCGCCCAUUUUCUGGAUAAUCAAUUCCGCAACAAUAUGGGUACUAUGGGACAGGAUCUGUACCAUCAAAGCUACGCCAAAGUGGGUGUCAUCUUCUGUAGCAUACCGAAUUUUCAUGAAUUCUAUACAGAGUUGGAUGGCAACCAUCAGGGUGUCGAGUGUCUGCGACUAUUGAACGAAAUAAUUGCUGAUUUUGAUAAUCUUCUGAAACAAGAGAAAUUCCAAGCGAUCGACAAAAUAAAAACAGUUGGCAGCACAUACAUGGCUGCAGUUGGAUUGAUACCAGAUUUCAAAAUGAAUCCGAGUGACAACCAUUCGACGAGACGACACAUGACUGCGCUGAUCGAAUACGCUAAGGCUUUGAGACUUUCCAUACAGAACAUCAAUGAAAAUUCGUACAACAAUUUCAUGAUGCGAAUAGGAAUAAACAUCGGACCAGUAGUUGCCGGCGUGAUAGGAGCACGAAAGCCUCAGUAUGAUAUUUGGGGCAAUACUGUCAAUGUAGCGAGUCGUAUGGAUUCUACAGGUAUACCAGGUGCAACACAAUGUACUCAAGAAGUGGUAGAUAGUUUGCAAGGAUCGCAUUUCGAGUUUCGUUGCCGUGGUCAGAUCAAAGUCAAAGGCAAAGGUGAUAUGAUCACCUAUUUUCUAUGUGAUAAUACCCAAAAUCCAUUAAAUGGUGAUCGUGAAUUCCGUGGCCCAAUUUUAUCUAGUCGUCAAACCAUCACACAAAGCUGUUCGAAUGAUCAGUACCCGUCGCAUCAUCAGCAGCUGUCGCAAAUCAACCAGCAACCGGUUGAUUUCUAUCAAAAGCUCUCCGAUGUCAGUGAAAAAAACUAUCAUCACCCGAAUGUUAUCGGCGAAAAUUAUUCCAAAAAGGAAAGUUAUAAUUUUGUGGCUAGUCCGAAUUUGUUGCAACAUCAAGACAACAUUCGUGACGACAAUUACAGUAAAUAUAAGCAAAACUAUAAUCGUGAACUGAUGCCGAUGCGUGAGAACAAUCAUAACAGUAUUUAUAAACGAGAUCCGUAUGCCCAUCAGCAGUCCGCACAGAAUUAUCAUCGUGAGAGUUUCAACAUAACCGAGAAUCCAAAUUUGAGCAACAACCGGGAUAAUUAUAAUAUUCGGGAGAACUUUUCGUCGGUAGAGAAUUGCACAAACGGGUUGCGGCGCGAUCCAAUGAAUCUGAGAAAUCAAUUCAACAACAAUUAUACCAUACGGGAGAACGAGCCGCUGUUGCAUUCAGCUCCAGUCGCAAAGGUGAUGCCGAGACCGCAGAAUCCACCAAAGUAUGAACCGCCACGGUAUGCAACACCAUCACAAAAUCUGAUUACGCAGCAGCAACAUCAACAGCAGCAACAACAACAACAGCAACAAAAUGCACAAAGAAAUUCAGCGCCAUUUAUUAAGACUUAUAUGAAACCUCUACCAAAGCUACCACAAGAAAUCGAAGAUUGUCGUGAACUCUCAUCCACCGACGAUCUAAGUUCACGACCGCACUCACCAAGUGUUAGUUCGUCGGACGAAAGCUACUCCAAGACAACCGAAGGUGAAGGUGAAGAAGAAAACUCACCACUUCCGCAUCAUAUAACCAAAAAUCCAAAUCCACUGCAAUGGCUGUAUCCGUGCGACAUUCAAGUUGAUCUGACGUCGCCGAAACUGAGUCCGGUCGAUUUUACCAACAUGAAAGACUUUGAAAUCAAUUCGACCACCGAAAGCCAAACGGCUUCAACGGCACCAAAUAAGGGCGAAUCGUGCAAUAGUUUUGAAUACCAUGAACGGGGUGUACCAAAAUCUCCAUUCGAACGUGAAAUUCAACGCCUUCUUGAAUCAUCGUCGCGCACAUCCAAAGAUCAGCAGCCAUUGCACAUUAGUAGCAGCCAUCAUGACAGUAGAACAUCCAAUGUGAAUAAUUGUAGAAAUAACAUAGACUUAGCGUACAACAAUAGCAAUAAUAAAUUGAUGAACAACAAUAAGACUAAAUACGAAUUGGAGAGCUUGGAGAAGUCCAAACCAAAUAAUCAAAUGUUGUUGGGUAAGCAUCCAGUUGGUUUGGAAGCAAUACGGGAGAUAACGAGAAACACAAAUCCAUCGGAAUCGAGUCACAUGCAAACAUCGGACACAGAGUCAUGUGAAAUCUUACAUGAAAACCGCAACCAUCGACCCAGCAUUUCGUCGCAACGCAAAGAUUUCCGAAACUUUGACAGCGACGUCGAGUUGAACGAUGACGGUAAUUACAUCAACGAUGAGCUGAAAUACGGUGCUGGCCAUCAAUCGAUCGAUUCGAAUCCAGUGGAAAGUCAGUCGGAAUGGAGUGAUGAUGAGUGUAGAGAAGAGGCUACGGGCGGUGCAGAAAGUACAGGAUACAUAACGGACGAGCCUGGAUUGGAAAAUGUUUCCCUGCUGAACGAGGCUGGUUUAACCGAUGCCGAAGGAGCACUGUCUGAUGUAAAUUCUCUGUACAACGCUCCCGAUGUUGACGAUACGUCAAUAUCGAGUCGUGCCAGUUCGCGAUUGUUGAGCUUGGACUCGUUGAGUGGUUUGUACGACUGUGAAUUGGACUCAAAACAUGAAAUGGCUAUCGUGAACGUGUCCAAUAAAAUAACAAGUAAAUUUGGACCACCAAAUUGAUGUGCAUUGGGUAGUUGAUGAACGUGAAGUUUGUACACAAUUCAUCAUUUUUUAGGCUUCCAAGUUUUGUUUUUCUCUUUAAUUUAAGAAAGAAAAUGACAUUCUAUUGUAAAUUAAUCGUAUUGGAAUUGGGCUGCGUGUUAUUAACGCUUACGGGGAGAGGCAAUUUGAGAUUUCAGUUAAGCUCUACGUAAAUUUUGGAAGCAGCCAAGUGAAAAUCGUAUUUUACGCAGGAUAUGAAGAUACGGUUAAGAAACGUUUCACCAAUCUCUAUGAGUAACUUCUAACAAUGCAGUACGAUGCAUGCUCGUUCAAGCUCAACGUUUACAUCCAAUUUCUGUGUAUUUGCAACAUAUUUUUAGAAUUCAUGGAUACUGUUCAUUGAAACGUUACAGCUACGGCUUCAACAUUUUUCCAGAUCCACUGCCUAAUGAAAAAUGCACUAGAAAAUGACAUUGAAAAUCCUCCAACUCCUUCGGUUCUUUUGAUAUUUUUUUUGUAGGAUCGAUCAGUGGAAUGUGCUCAAAUGUGCUCGAGCAGCAAUAUUUUAAUCGAGAAGUAUUUGGUCUCAUAUAACAAGAACUGGUCUCUUGUAAGGUAAAUCUUUUCGAUGGACAGACAUCUUCGUUCCAAUUUUCUAAAGUUUUAAGAGAAAACCCCGCCCUACACCAAAUCCCGAAUAAAAUCUAUGACACUGAUCACUCCCUAAGGCAAAUGUUUGUGGAAGAGAAAUAAGUUUUGACUUGACCCAAAUCUAAAUUGAAAUUUGGUUGUAGAUCUGAUAUCUUGGGUUUAGUUGAUCUCGUGGGCAUGUUCCAACAGACAAGAAUGAUCUCAAAUGGUUCUAAUGGUGUCGGUACUUAAGGAAGGAGAUUUUCAUUAUUUAUGAUCGGGUUUGUGCUAGGCUUAGACUUUCAUUCGAACAAUGCAACUUUUAAAAUUUAUGUGAGCUUAGCAUCCAUUGCUAAUCCGGUAAUAAUAGAACUUAAGUGCAGUGCGUAAUUUGUUGAAAUGAUGGCUAAAUUUCGAGCGUUAAUUUCUCUGUAAAAACUCCAUUUUUGAUGACAGUAUCUGUUGAUACUUAAUCGCCACCUUGCCACCACCUUGCUUGGUCUUUUAUUGAUCCAUAAAUUGGUCUCCAGUAUCUGCGCUCGAAGUAGUUUACAAUUAAAACAAAAAUGAAUUAUCAGGUUCAGAUGGACAUGCCAAGUUCAUUAAAAUUUAAGUUCAUUAGAUUCUGAAUUGAACGUUGGUCUGAUAUGAAUCUGAUCUAAGGUUCACGUUGAACUUGGUCGUGAUCUAAUUUUUUUUUUGUUCCGUCUGAUCUAUGUUUCGAUCAGUAUAUAUACGAAAACCGUGAAUAUUUUAACGUAAAGUCUUCAUUGCAGCAAAGUAUGCAUUUCACUUUAAUGGUUUACUGUUUAUUUCGUUGACGUGUAACAAAAAUUUGGUGUAAAGCUUUUUUUUAUUGAGAUAAACAAUAAAGUGAAAUUCAAAAGUGAAAAUGUAUUAACAAAAGAAAAAUGCAAUUCAUGCCGUAAGUUCGUCUCAAAAAUUUAAUUUUAAAUGAAUCGAAAUAGUCAUUUACCUAACUAGUUGCAUAAAGGUAGAAAGUAUAGUUUUAGUGUAAAGGCUAAAGCUGACCAGAUGGACGAAGCUUAGAUGAAAACUCACACGAAAACUUUGAUUUUUUAUCAAAAGGAUGAAAGGAUUUUACAUGGUAAAUACGUCAAAAGAAGUACUUGAAUUAUGAAAAGUACAGUUUUUGACGCAUGUGUCAUGUAAAGUUAAUUUACUCAACUCCUAAGGUUGUAAUCGUUAUUUUUCUAACGUAUGCUGAAAGGCUUAUUAAGCGAAUGAGAGGUUUCCAGCACGAGCCGGAGGCGAGUUUUUCUUUCUAAUUUGUGUUAAAAUGUCGAGUAUUUUCGACGUAUUUUAGGAAAACCAUUGUUCCUAACCUUUGCUGAAACAAUUUUUUAGCGAAUUUGAUUCCACUAAUCCUCAUAUAUCCUCAUACGAGAAUCAGACUUUUCAUGAUUCAAUCCUAGUUAUGUAAAUAACAUUCAACGCAUUGCUCGAAUGUCUCAAAUGGGUAAAAUCUAACUAUCUAUGCAUUUGUCGUUUGUCGUUAUUAAAUUUUGAGCGAAGUUGCGACAUGAAUUUGAACCGAACGGAAAGAUAUGGUUGCAAAACGAUCUUAAAAAAGCUUAAAAUUACAAAUACAAAAACGAAGAAAAUAAAUGGAAAACAGGAAAUUUGUUAUGUUUGUCGCGUAGUGACUUAAGAAAUAAUUUUUCUAGAUAUUAAUAAUUUUAAUAAACGCAUUGUGUGUGGAAUAAAAUAUAUUUAAAAAA